CAACGUUUCAUUUACGUAUCCAAUUACUUGUAACCCGCUUGGUUCGUUCGCAGCUAAAACGUUCUGCGAACUCUCGAGCAGUCUGUUGGUGGCCAUGCCAGCGCGAUACUAUGCCGUGCGCAUUGGCCGUGAAGGCCCAAAAAUUUAUUCAGAUUUCAACGAUUUCCAGACUGCAACCCUCGGUCUUAGUGGUACUAGCGGCAAGGGGUUCGACACAUUGGAGGAAGCCAAAGCUUGGCUUUUGGCAGGUCUACCCACAUCUGUCAGUGUAUCUGUGACGCAAACAACUACUAGUACUACAGUUACGUGGGAUAUAAAAUCUGAAGACCAUCAAUCAGCCUUAAUGUCCAUGGAUACGGCUUCUGGUGAGUCCGCGAGACGGUAUCCAGAACCUCGAUCGGGUCGUCGUUGGAUAGAGUACGAAUCGACCUCGAAUACGCUACAGACGAUACCAAAUAGUGACAGACUUACACCUCCUCCACCUUACAUUCCUUUGCAAGACGCCGAAAUUCCCCCGCUUCCUCCCCCUCCGCCAAUAAUUGAGCUAUCUGAAGAGCAGCGACGGGUUCUUCGACUCGUUGAAAGUGGCAAAAACAUAUUUUUCACAGGUCCAGCCGGAACCGGAAAAUCAGUUCUAUUGAGAGCAAUAAUAGAAUUGUUGCGAUGUAAGGCUGGCGUGGUUGCCAUCACCGCCCCCACAGGCAUAGCAGGCAUGAACAUCGGUGGUUCAACCAUUCAUUCCUGGGCAGGUAUAGGGUUGGGCAAGGAAUCUGUCAAGGAGUUGGUGGGUGUUCUAAGUUCAAGGGCGAUCAAACGAUGGACACACACUCGUGCCCUUAUAAUCGAUGAAAGUACGUUUGACCUACAGUGUUAGAUAACUGUGCUAACAUCCGGCAGUUUCGAUGCUGGACGGCCGUUUAUUUGACAAGCUCGUAUGAUUUCAUGCCUGCACCAUAUUUCAUCUGCCUAACUUAUUGGGUAGGAAGAGAUUGGUCAGAUUGUCCGGGAAAGCCGUCGCCCUUUUGGGGGUAUACAGCUU